GCCGAGUGCCCGGGCGGCCUCCGCCGGGUGACCGUAGCGACCGGGCCGGGGCGGCCGCCGAGGGCCGGUCCGCUGCCGGCCUGCUGAGCUCGGCAACAAGUGAAAAAAGCCCCGGUGUUGCAACACGGGCCGCAAAGCGAAACUCGGGGCUGGAUGUUUUUCGCUCGGCGUGAAAUGAGCGAAAGGAUCGCGGCGCGUAGUUUCUUUCGACCAGCCCUCCAAAAAUCCUCCGCCGCGCUUCAGCCUUGCCCCUUCUCCCCGCCUUGAAGUGCACAAGGGAAAUCCUGUGACAUUUCAUGGGCAGACAGAUCGCUCCGAUAAGCUCGGAGCACUCGCAUCUAUGGAGCUGUACUGAAAGAGCAGUCCAUUGUACCAGCCCACCCAAUGGCUCCUCCUAGUCCCAGCACCACCAGCAGUAAUAACAACAGUAGUAGCAGCAGCAACUCAGGAUGGGAUCAAUUAAGUAAAACAAACCUUUACAUCAGAGCACUGCCUCCAAACACCACUGAUCAGGACCUGGUAAAAUUAUGCCAACCGUAUGGGAAAAUUGUAUCCACAAAGGCUAUUUUGGAUAAAACAACAAACAAAUGCAAAGGUUAUGGUUUUGUUGACUUUGACAGCCCGGCAGCUGCUCAGAAGGCGGUUUCCGCUUUAAAGGCUAGCGGAGUCCAAGCACAGAUGGCAAAGCAACAAGAACAAGACCCGACUAACUUAUACAUUUCCAAUUUGCCACUUUCAAUGGAUGAGCAGGAGCUUGAGAACAUGCUGAAACCAUUUGGGCAGGUUAUCUCUACGAGGAUACUGCGGGACUCGAGUGGGACAAGCCGUGGUGUUGGCUUUGCAAGGAUGGAGUCAACAGAAAAAUGUGAAGCAGUGAUUGCUCAUUUUAAUGGAAAAUUCAUAAAGACACCAGCAGGAGUUUCUGUUCCUGCAGAACCUUUAUUGUGCAAGUUUGCCGAUGGAGGGCAGAAAAAGAGACAGAAUCAGAAUAAAUAUAUACAGAAUGGAAGAGCAUGGCACAGAGAAGGCGAGGUGAGACUUGCUGGAAUGACACUCACGUAUGAUCCAACCACAGCUGCUUUACAAAAUGGAUUUUAUCCGUCACCCUACAGUAUUACAGCAAACAGAAUGAUCACUCAGACAUCUAUUACGCCAUAUAUUGCUUCUCCAGUUUCCACAUACCAGGUUCAAAGUCCUUCUUGGAUGCAGCCUCAACCAUAUAUAAUGCAGCACCCAGGUGCUGUGCUGACUCCCUCCAUGGACCACACCAUGUCACUACAGCCUGCGUCGAUGAUAAGCCCUCUGACACAGCAGAUGAGUCAUCUUUCAUUAGGCAGUACUGGAACAUACAUGCCAGCCACAACAGCUAUGCAAGGAGCCUACAUACCCCAAUAUACACAUGUCCAGACAGCAGCAGUUCCUGUUGAGGAAGCCAGUGGUCAACAACAGGUUACAGUAGAGACGUCCAGUGACCAUUCUCCGUAUACGUAUCAGCAGAAUAAGUAACUGUGAGAUGUCCAGUGUUGACCUGGCCUGGAGAAGGGUGCAAAGGCUGAAACAAUCAUGGAUUUUACUGAUCAAUUGUGCUUUAGGAAUUAUUGACAGUUUUGCACAGGUUCUUGAAAAUGUUAUUUAUAAUGAAAUCAACUAAAACUAUUUUUGCUAUAAGUUCUAUAAGGUGCAUAAGAAAAACCUUAAAUUCAUCUAGUAGCUGUUCCCAUGAACAGGUUUAUUUUAGUAAAAAAAAAAAAUUUUUAUCAAGUGUUAUGACGCAAAAAAAAUAUUCAAAUUUCUGGGUAUGCACAGAUGACCACGAAGACUUAUUCACGUGCAUGACAGAAUUUGUGUUUUGGUUUAUUUUUAUUUUGUUUGUUUUUUUUUUUUUUUAAAUUGUAUUAAAUGGGUUUUCUGAAGUUUAAAAUAGUAAAACAUCUAAGAUGAUGUUCUGUGCUUGCAGUGUGUGAGUGUUGCUUUAGUGCAGUGUUGCAGUUAUAGUGUCUGGUCUUUUAGCUUUCUGUUUUUCUUUUAAUGUAGUGUGAAGUGUCUUAUCCUUUUCUAUAAAUUCCAAUUUGCCUUAAAUCUUUCAAUGCUGUAGCUGUUUCAGUAAGUAGUCCAAACUAAUGGUGUAGAAUGCUUUGACCAAAUGAGCUGGUCUAUUAUGCCUUGUAAAACAGCAGCAUAGGGCUUUUAAAGGUAGUCAAUAAAAAUUGCUGAAAAUUUGGCUUUUUUAA